CGGACUGACAACUCAUGGGGCCCCCGGGCAAUAGGGGAUCAUGGGGCCCCUGUGUCCUUGCCCAAACUCAAAAAAUCCUAUGAAAAAGGUAUGAGGGGCAUCUCAUGGGGCCCCCUACUGACCCCGGACCCUCGGGCAGUGCCCGAGUUUCCAAAUGGUCAGUCCGCCCCUGUUUCAGAAUCAACAUUUUCUAUGGGACAUUAUACUACAAAAUACUCCCACAAAUGCAGGCCAUUGAUUGCAAAAAAGAUUUGU